AUGACCAAAUAUGGGCAAGAGGACACCAGAGUUCGGUAUCCUGUGGACUGUCUUGGGUGGUAUGAGCCAGGCAGGCCCAGUGGGGUGUACACCAUCUACCCUGGGGGGCCCAUCUCCCCCCUGCAGGUCUACUGUGACAUGGAGACUGAUGGGGGAGGCUGGACAGUGUUCCAGAGAAGGAUGGAUGGCACUUUGAACUUCUACAGGCCCUGGGAUCACUACAAGAAGGGCUUUGGGAAUAAAAAAGGAGAGCACUGGUUGGGCCUGGAAAAUAUUAUCAAACUGACCAAUAUGAUUAGGAGUGAGCUGAGGGUGGACAUGGAGGACUUUGAGGGGGGAAAGAUGAACGCUCAGUACGUUCCCUUCUCUGUGGGCCCCGAGAGUUUAGGAUACACACUGCACCUGGGCAGCUUCAUCAAUGGAGGAGCAGGUGAUAGCUUGACUUACUCAGCUGGAAUGAAGUUCAGCACUUUUGACCACGACCAGGAUGCAUCUUAUGACAAUUGUGCUAAAAAGUAUCUUGGGGCCUUCUGGUAUGGGGACUGUCAUCUUGCCAACCCCAAUGGGGUUUACAUGUGGGGGGCUGAUCAUACAUUGCCUGGAGGUGGUGUUGAGUGGUACACUUUUAAAGGUAGUAAUUACUCUCUGAAGGCCAUCAGCAUGAAGAUCAGACCCUCGGUCCUUGGUACGUUCAAAGAGGUUAUAAAAGUUUGAAUAUCGAGCUCCCCCUCUGGCCUUAAGCCACAUCAGAACAGCAGAAUACCUACGCUGUGUUUUGUCUGUCAUUUUGAAAUCUUCAUUAAAAUUGAUUUUUUGCAUUCA